UACCGACCAACAGAACGUUCAUUAGCACAUCCACAGCGGAUCAGCAGCCACACAGUAGCCGCAGACCCGUCGUACAGAUUUCCUUCGUCGUAAACCAGUUCAAAAACCCAAACCAGCAAAAUGUGUGACGAUGAUGUAGCAGCUUUGGUAGUCGACAAUGGCUCCGGUAUGUGCAAGGCCGGUUUCGCUGGAGAUGACGCACCCCGUGCCGUCUUCCCCUCCAUCGUCGGCAGACCCCGUCAUCAAGGUGUCAUGGUCGGUAUGGGACAAAAGGACAGCUACGUAGGCGAUGAAGCCCAAAGCAAACGUGGUAUCCUCACCUUGAAAUACCCCAUUGAACACGGAAUCAUCACCAAUUGGGAUGAUAUGGAAAAAAUCUGGCAUCACACUUUCUACAACGAAUUGCGUGUUGCCCCAGAAGAGCACCCAAUCUUGUUGACCGAAGCCCCAUUGAACCCAAAGGCUAAUCGUGAAAAGAUGACUCAAAUCAUGUUUGAAACCUUCAACACACCCGCCAUGUAUGUUGCCAUCCAAGCCGUACUCUCCUUGUACGCUUCCGGUCGUACCACUGGUAUCGUUUUGGACUCUGGUGACGGUGUCUCCCACACAGUCCCCAUCUAUGAAGGUUAUGCAUUGCCCCAUGCCAUCCUCCGUUUGGACUUGGCUGGUCGUGACUUGACCGACUACUUGAUGAAGAUCUUAACCGAGAGAGGUUACAGCUUCACCACCACCGCUGAGCGAGAAAUCGUCCGUGACAUUAAGGAAAAAUUAUGCUAUGUCGCUUUGGACUUCGAACAGGAAAUGGCUACCGCUGCCGCUUCCACCUCAUUGGAGAAAUCCUACGAAUUACCUGACGGACAGGUCAUCACCAUCGGAAACGAACGUUUCCGUUGCCCAGAAGCCUUGUUCCAACCUUCAUUCUUGGGAAUGGAAUCUUGCGGUAUCCACGAAACUGUAUACAACUCAAUCAUGAAGUGUGAUGUUGACAUCAGGAAGGACUUGUACGCCAACACUGUACUUUCCGGAGGUACCACCAUGUACCCAGGUAUCGCCGACAGAAUGCAAAAAGAAAUCACCGCAUUGGCUCCAAGCACAAUCAAAAUCAAGAUCAUUGCUCCACCAGAACGUAAAUACUCCGUAUGGAUCGGUGGUUCCAUCUUGGCUUCUCUUUCCACCUUCCAACAGAUGUGGAUCUCCAAACAAGAAUACGACGAAUCUGGCCCAGGCAUUGUCCACCGUAAAUGCUUCUAAGUCAUCACCUCCCACAACAUACAAAAUCAAAAUUACAAUCACGCUUUAUGUUCAUUUAUACUGAAGAAAACCUAUGUGUUUUUUCUUUUUGUACAUAUCGAGACGAUUUUUGCGUCGUUUUACACGGGGAUAAAAUAACAGUUCUAUUUUUGAAGUAAAAAAAAAAAAUGUAUUUAUUAGCGCGUUAAUCGUUUCGAAAUAAACGUUUCUAUACUAAU